AUGAUGUCCUCGCCCGUCGCCAACGCGGUUCUUAUGCCGCCUUUUUCAGUUUCAUCUCUUGCUGACGACAACUACUACGACGGCGUCGCAAGAGAGGACGAAAGCUCCUACCACGAUGCGUUGCGUUUUUUGCUCGUCCCUGCAGUCGCGGAGGAGUACCCUUUGUUGCGAUCGGUGAACCUGCUGGUUUCGGCCCUGUCGAUGGCGUCCUGCCAGGUGGUGAUUGGCGGGUAUCUGCUCCUUCCGCACUUGAGAAAGUUCUUCACGCGCCUGAUUCUCUACCUGAGCAUCGCGGAUAUGUGGCUGGCGUGUGCGUCCGUGAUCGGACACUUUCCCAACCCCUCGUCCACCGGCUGUCUCGUGCAGAGCACGUUCUUCGUGUUCUUCAGUCUCGCGAGCUUUCUCUGGAGUAGCGCCAUCUCGCACUCUCUGCGCCUUCUGUUGUUUCGGGGAAAGCAGACGCCGUCCUUCAAGGAGAUGGAAGUGGAAACGAAGAUGCACAAGGUGUUGUUCCAGGGUUAUUUGAUUUCGCAAGUUUUUUUCGAAUGAAUUUUGAAUACUCUGAGAACAAGAGUUCUUCUGUCAUAGUGCACGAAGAAACCAAUACCAAAAUAGAACGUCUUUAUGUACUUAGAAGACAGGUUUGCUGGGGCGUGCCCUUCGGCGUGACCUUGUGCGUCGUUCUGACGCACGGAUACGGGCCCGCGGGGUUUUGGUGCUGGAUUCAGGGGCGGAACAGUUACGGGAGUGCGUUGCGGUUUCUGUUGUUCUACGUGCCCCUCUGGGCCACCUCGCUGUACAACGUGUACGUGUACCUCGCACUGACGAAGCGCUUGCGGUUGCUGAUGUCGGAGGACGCUGAGGAAUUCAACGCGUCAAUGGACGGCUCCUCUCACGUGACGCAGAUCGCCGUGCAGACCACCGAACUGGUCGACCAGAAUCUGUCCAUGGACGGUCGGACGCAAAAACUGGUGUUGGACGGCGAUACGGUGCUGGCAACAAGCCAAGGGACGGCGGAGGGAGACAGUGCGUCUUCCGCUUCGUCUGCAACCGAGGGCGUCGGCCGGGAUGAGAGUGGAGGGCGAUCGGGGUCUAAUGGCACUGCCGCAGGAGGAGCAACAUCCAAUUCGCGGCCACAAGCUCCGAAAGUUGCUUCUACUGCCGACCGCCGGACAGAAGACAUCGUCACGGGGCAAGUUGCGGCCGCAUCCUCGUCGAUCCGCGCGGAAGUGAGCAGUAGCAGCAGCAGCCGGCUGCAAAUGAUAAAAACGUCGGCAGGCCGCGAGGAAUUUUUCAGCAAGAGUAGCGGGCCACUGGAUGCCGGGGCGGUAGAAUCCGCGGUGGUUGUGGGUCGUCCGCUCAAUGAUCGUGGGCCCACCUCCGGGAAUCUAGUUCGCGAGAACGUCACUGUAAAUUUCUCACCGUCGCUGAGCCCGUCCUCCAGUCCGACUUCACCGAGAAUAGCCGGAACCAAGCACCAGCCUGACAGCAAGGGUCGCGUCGUUCGUAGCCUCGAAGAAGACGAAGUGGCACAGCUUCGGCAAGCGCAGCUGCGCAACCUCCGGCGGCUUUUCUAUUUCCCGUUGCUGCUGGUCUUUUGCUGGUCAUUCGGCUCGCUCAAUCGCUUGCUGAAUUGGUUUGGGGUACGCCUGUACGUCCUUGACUUUCUGACGGUCACUUUCGGCGGGCUACAGGGAUUUCUGAAUGCGUGCUGCUACUUCUUCACGAACCCCGGUGUGCGCGAGCAAUUUGCGCAAACGCUUCUGGCACAAAGGUCCUCAAAGAGGUCGCGCGGGCGUAUUGCCGGGGGUAGGGCUGCAGCGCAUUGACACUUACACUUACAAAUGACCAUCGAGAAUUUGGGUUUCUCCACUACAUGAUGAACACGCAUGUUGCUGAAGCUUAGCAGCUAGUAAGUACACUAUUGCUGUCGAAGAUAUCGACCACGACGCAUUGGCCAGUAU